AUGUCGGGGGGUGUGCAGGGGGGCGUCGGCCCCUGGCCCUCCUCAGACCCCGUCUUUCUGAUCGCUGCGGCUCCGCCAGCUGUCCCUGCUGCAGACCGCUGGGUUUUCCCAGGCGCCGCGCUGGCCACCGAGGGCUCCUCGGUUCCUGGCCCUGGGCUCACCCUCAUCUGGCCCUUUGCGACGGAGUUCCCCACGUGGCCGGCUGGAGCCCCGCGCUGGGGGCAGCGGCCACGGGAGGAGGGGACUGGAUGCCAGGUGAGCCAGCGUCCCCAAAGUGGAAAUCUCAGAAAUCUGUUUUCUUCCUCUGAUGGCUGGGAAUGCACAGUGCUCUGGAGCGGACCCUGCCCGUCCGGGGCCUGCAGCUCUCCCCGCAGCCCGGCCGAGCCCAGCUACGCAGAGCAAGGAAGCUGCACCGUGACACCCCGUCCCACACGAUGGGAAGGGCCGUGGGAGCCGCUUCUAACUUUCUGCCCCCGGGGGCCCACGAACCACAGUUGGAAAGGGGCACAUUUCAGCCACAGUUUCUUUGGUUUGUAUCGAGAUCACCCUCAGCUCUUUUCCAAGAAAUAUGGAGCCUAUUUGGUCCACUCCAGAGAUUUUAUUUCCGCACAAGACAGACCAAGAGCCCGGAAUGUUGGAGCCUUCACGGAUUUUGUGCAGAAAGCCAAGCUUCAGAAAGUUCAAGGCCAGCCACGCCAGGACUCUCAUUUUCCGUCUUCCGGUUCCCCCACCCUUGUCACGGGGACAGGCCUAAGGCCCUGGAAGCAGGCGUCCCUGGGGGCAUCUCUGCGCUGCUGCACGGCCCGGCCCGGCCCGCCCCCUCUGGAUCGCCUGUCAGCCUGGGUAUUUCGGAGGAAUAGCAGCCAGCUGUGCGGUAGAAGCCCCCUGAGGGUGGGCGGGUCGGGAGCUCUGUCAGGAUUGGACUCAGGGACGCAUUUUUGGCUGGAGAACCAGGAUGCCCUCGCACUGUGUUGUCCCUGUGCUGGAUUCACCCGUUUCUCCGAGGACCUGGUUCUUUCGUGAGGUUCUUUCGUGAGGUUCUGGGAAUCGGGAUGUCCAGCCGGGGACCCGUGUCGCUCCAAUCCAGGCCUUCAGCGCUGCCCACCCGGACGGGCUCCGGCUCCGCAGGGUCACAGCCGUGCUGCAGGGGACACCCGUGUGCCCCACCUGCUGUGGGCCGGAGCCUCGGGGUCAUCGCAGGAGUGGAAGCGCUGGGUCCAGGCCUCCGCGGAUCUUCUUCUCCCGGCUGACACCAGGGGGCUCAGGUCUGCGUGGCUUGGCCCCCUGCCCUGCCGGGCCCGAGCAGACGCUGGGGUCCCGGCACCGCCCCUCCCGUCUCUUCCGACCAUGUGGCUACUCGUGCUUGCCAGCUGUGUCGCCGGUGCAGGCUCAUCGUGAGGGCUCCCUGUUCCCAUUGAUCUGUUUGCGGUGUGGGGGGUCCCUCUUCUUCCUGAUGAUUCUGUGCCUCUUGAAGCCCGGUUGCCCGUCGAGCACCUCGGAGUCGGUGUCUCCCCAGCCGUCACCUCCAGGCUCUCUGCGCCUCUGCAGGUCACGCAGGGGAGGGUCUCGUGAGAGCGCGUUCUCCAGCUCAACAGCCGCGGUUCUGUUUAGUCUGAUGCAUCUAAUGUAACUACUCAUCUGGGUGGACGCAGGCCUGAUCUGCUCUUGUUCAUCGUGCCCAUGCCUCUUCUGAGUCGGUCCGUUGUUCUCAUGCUCCAUUGUAAUUUCUCCUUUUUAACUGUGCGCUCAGCUUUCAGGGGCUGCUCUGGGAAUCACGUUCUUCAUCCUUAGCCCGUCAGUCCAGGUUAUUCCGUAUCGUGUGACGUGAGAGCGUUGAUUGUCCUCCAGUUUCUAUAACGUGUAUUGAUUGAAGUUUCCACUUUGCUCUUGUUGCAAUUUCACCAUUUAUAUUUUCAAAAAAUGUCUUUCAUCUACACUUCAUAAUUAUUAAUGCAUGCUUUUUAAAAAUAUACUUUAUUUUGGCAAACCUCUUAAUGUCUAGUUGUUUUGGUUGGUUCUAUAGUUUAUUUGUAUCUCCUCAAGAUUUGUUUAUAUCACUCAUCUUUCCAAGCAGUAGGGGUUUUUGGUUAUUCUUUUUUUUUUCCAAUAAGCUAUUUAUUUGUCCUUAUAUUUAUGUCCUUCCUUCUUGUUACUUUAGUUUUCCUCUUUGUAAAUUUUUAUAUUGAAUAUUGUUUUCCUUUAAGUAUUGCUUUAACUUUGUCCCACAAAUUCUGACAUUUUUGUUUUCAUUUUCAUUCAGUUCUAAAUAUUUCUUAACCCCCUUCUGAUUUACUUUUAAAUGCAAGCGUUAUUUAGUAAUGUUAUUUUCUUUCCAAAAAUGUGGUAUUUAGAAAAAAAAGUCUAUCGUUUUGGUAUUUGUUUGGAAAUGUAUUGUCCUGUUCUAGAAAGAACAUGACCACUUUGUUACUUUGGAAUUUAUUGUGUUUCCUU